AUGGCGCACAACACCACAUGGGACGAGCCGCGGGGCUUGGUGGACCCCGCCAACGACAAGGACGCCUGCGGGGUGGGGUUCAUCGGCGAGCUCAACAAAGUGCCCACCCGCAGCUGCGUGGUGAACGCACUUGAAAUGCUGCUGCGCAUGACGCACAGAGGAGCCUGUGGCUGCGAAGUCAACUCAGGCGAUGGUGCUGGCUGCCUGGUGGCAAUCCCGCACGACUUCUUCUCGCGUGUGGUCCGGGAGGACUGCGGCGUGCGGCUGCCAGCCCCGGAGGAGUAUGCCAUUGCACAGCUCUUCCUUCCCAGGGAGCCCGAGCAGUACCAUGCAGCCAAAGGCAUUGUCGCCAAGGUGGCGGCGAAGCUGGGGCACACUGUACUGACGUGGCGCCGCGUGCCCACAAACAAUGCCGGCCUGGGCGAUUCAGCCAAGGCCACAGAGCCGCUUGUGGAGCAGUGGGUGUCUGGGGUGCAGUUCUACGUCCUGCGCAAGCUGAUUGAGCACGAGUGGAACCGCAAGGGCUAUGACCACAAGCAUGCCUACAUCUGCUCGCUCUCCGCCCACACCAUCGUGUACAAAGGCCAGCUCAUGCCGCAGCAGGUGCCGACAUACUACCUCGACCUGCAGGCGCCGGACUUCAUAUCGUACAUGACGCUGGUGCACUCGCGCUUCUCCACCAACACAUUCCCAUCCUGGGACCGCGCGCAGCCCAUGCGCAUGAUGGGCCACAAUGGCGAGAUCAACACGCUGCGGGGCAACAAGAACUGGAUGAAGGCGAGGCAGGGCGUGCUCAAGUGCGCAGAGCUGGGCCUGCCGCAGGCGGUGCUGGAGAAGCUGCUGCCGGUGGUGCCCGAAUGGCAGAGCGACAGCGGCUCCUUUGACACCGUUCUGGAGCUGCUCGUGCGCUCCGGCCGCGACCUGCCCGAGGCCAUGAUGAUGCUCAUCCCCGAGGCCUGGCAGAACGACCCCCUCAUGCCCCAGGCGAAGAAGGACUUUUACCGGUUCAACAGCGCGGUCAUGGAGCCCUGGGACGGCCCUGCGCUGGUGUCAUUCACCGACGGCCGCUACAUUGGCGCCACGCUCGACCGCAACGGCCUGCGCCCCGGCCGCUACUACCUCACCAAAUCCGGUCGCGUGAUCAUGGCGAGCGAGGUGGGCGUGGUUGACGUGCCAAACUGGGACAUCGCAUCCAAGGGGCGCCUCAUGCCGGGCAACAUCUUCCUCGUCGACUUUGACGCCGGACGCGUCAUCAAGGACGAAGAGAUGAAAGAGCGCUACACGACAAUGCGGCCGUACGGGGAGUGGCUGGAGCAGGAAACGGUGAGCCUGCAGCAGCUGGUGGACUCUGUGCCACCCGAGCUGCGCGUUCCGCUCCCAGUUGUGCCCGCAGCCCCCGUCCUGCUCAACGGCGCAUCCAGCAACGGCAACGGAGCCGCCGCGGCGACGCGGUUGCAGGCGGGAGGGUACACGAUGGAGACGCUGGAGUUGCUGAUGGUGCCCAUGGCGCGCACUGGAGCGGAGCCGCUGGGAUCCAUGGGCAACGACGCGCCCCUGGCCUGCAUGUCCCACCGCCCCAAGCUCACUUACGAGUACUUCAAGCAGAUCUUCGCCCAGGUGACGAAUCCGCCGCUGGACCCGCUGCGCGAGAAGGUGGUGACAUCGACGCGGUGCAUGAUCGGCCCCGAGGGCGACAUCACCGACAUUGGCAAGCCCUGCCAGGCCAGGAGGCUGGAGCUGAUGCAGCCGAUCCUGCGGCCGGCGGAGAUGGAGGCGUUCAAGAACAUGGACCUGCGCGGCUGGUCCACCAAGGUCAUUGACGCCACCUGGCCCCUCUCCGAGGGCACGGUCGGCCUGGAGAGCGCGCUGCAGCGCAUCUGCGACGAGGCCAGCGCCGCCAUCGAGGCCGGCUUCCAGUUCAUCGUCCUCUCCGACCGCGCCCAGGGGCCGGAGCGAGUGGCGAUAUCGACGCUGCUGGCGUGUGGGCGGGUGCACCACCACCUGGUGCGGUGCCAGAUGCGCAGCCGGGUGGGGCUGCUGCUGGAGGGCGCCGAGGUGCGCGACGUGCACCACUUCUGCACGCUCAUCGGCUACGGUGCCGACGCCAUCUGCCCCUACCUCGCCUUUGAGACGCUGGCCGCCCUGCGCGAGGACGGCAAGCUCAAGGCCGACGAGUCCGACGACGCCCUCGCCACCAAGUACAUCAAGGCGAUCAACGCAAGCGUGCUCAAGGUGAUGGCCAAGAUGGGCAUCUCCACGAUCGCGUCGUACAAGGGCGCUCAGAUCUUCGAGGCACUUGGCCUGGCCAAGCCCGUGGUGGACGCCUGCUUUGCAGGCACGCCCUCGCGCAUCGGCGGCAUCGGCUUUGAGGGCCUGGCGGCCGAUGCGCUGGCGCAGCACGCUCUUGCCUUCUCCGGCACCGCCUUCCCCGAGGGCACCGCCGACGCCUAUGCCCUGCCCGACCCGGGCGACUACCACUACAGGGCGGCGAAUAACGAGAAGCACGAGGUGCACCUGAACGACCCGAUGGUGAUGGCCAAGCUGCAGGAGGCGGCGCGCGACAACAGCCGCGAGGCAUACCGCGAGUACUCGCGCCUCACCCAAAAGCUUAACCAGCAGAUCAACCUGCGCGGCAUGCUCAAGUUCAAACCCGGCAAGGCCGUGCCCCUUGACCAGGUGGAGCCGGCAAAGGAGAUUGUUAAGCGCUUCUGCACGGGGGCGAUGUCAUACGGCUCCAUCUCGCUGGAGGCCCACACCACGCUCGCAGAGGCCAUGAACGCCAUCGGCGGCAAGUCCAACACAGGCGAGGGUGGCGAGAACCCUCGGCGGCUGCUGCCCAACCCGGACGGCUCGCGCAACACCCAGCGCAGUGCCAUCAAGCAGAUUGCCAGCGGCCGCUUUGGCGUGACGGCCAACUACCUGACCAACGCCGACGAGCUGCAGAUCAAGAUCGCGCAGGGCGCCAAGCCCGGCGAGGGCGGCGAGCUUCCCGGCAAGAAAGUACAGGGGGACAUUGCAAAAACUCGCAAUUCGACCCCCGGUGUGGGGCUGAUCUCCCCGCCGCCGCACCACGACAUCUACUCCAUCGAGGACCUGGCGCAGCUGAUCUACGACCUCAAGUCGGCCAACCCGGGCUCGCGCGUCAGCGUCAAGCUGGUGUCAGAAAACGGCGUCGGCGUUGUGGCUUCCGGCGUCGUCAAGGGCCAUGCCGACCACGUGCUCAUUUCCGGCCACGACGGUGGCACCGGCGCCGCCAAGUGGUCCAGCAUCAAAUCUGCAGGGCUGCCGUGGGAGCUGGGUCUGGCAGAGACGCACCAGACGCUGGUGGCGAACGAUCUGCGCGGCCGCACUGUGCUGCAGGCGGACGGCCAGAUGCGCACGGGGCGCGACCUUGCCGUGGCCGCCCUGCUGGGCGCCGAGGAGUUUGGCUUUGCCACCGCGCCGCUUAUCACCAUGGGCUGCAUCAUGAUGCGCAAGUGCCACACCAACACCUGCCCCGUCGGCAUCGCCACGCAGGACCCUGAGCUGCGCGCCAAGUUUGCGGGUGAGCCGGAGCAUGUGAUCAACUUUUUGUUCUUGGUCGCGGAGGAGCUGCGCGAGUACAUGGCCGACAUGGGCUUCACCAAUGUCAACGACAUGGUCGGCCGCGCUGACAUGCUUGAGGCUGAUAUGGAUGUCAUCAACGCCAACCCCAAGCUGGCAGGCAUCGACCUGGAGAAGAUCCUGACCCCCGCCUCCGAGCUGCGACCAGGCGCCGCCCAGCGAUGCAUCAUGGCACAGGACCAUGGGCUGGAAAAUGGGCUGGACAUCACGCUGAUUCCCAGGUGUGCACCAGCGCUGCCCUUCGGCAACGCCAAGCCGGUGCCCGUGUACAUUGAGGCGGAGGCCAUCAACACACAGCGCGCCAUCGGCACCACCCUCUCCCACGAGGUGACCAAGCGGUUUGGGAGCGCGGGCCUGCCGGACAACACGAUCCACGUGUCGCUGACGGGGCACGCUGGGCAGUCCAUGGGCGCCUGGCUGUGCCCGGGCAUCACUCUGGAGCUGGAGGGCGACGCCAAUGACUACGUGGCUAAGGGCCUCUCCGGUGGCAUCGUCAUCGUGUACCCGCCGCGCGACUGCGACUUCAAAGCCGCCGAGAACAUCAUCGUCGGCAACGUCUGCCUCUACGGCGCCACCUCGGGCGAGGCGUACUUUUCGGGCGUGGCGGCGGAGCGUUUCUGCGUGCGCAACAGCGGUGCGAACGCGGUAGUGGAGGGCGUGGGCGACCACGGGCUGGAGUACAUGACCGGCGGCAAUGUGGUGAUCCUGGGCCGCACCGGCAAGAACUUUGGCGCCGGCAUGAGCGGCGGGCUGGCCUUUGUGUACGACCCCGAGCGCCGCAUGCCCUCCCUCUGCAAUGAGGAUGUCUCCGGUGACCUCAGCCCCCUGCAGGACGUUGAGGACGAGUCGCUGUUGGUGAGUCUGAUCCAGCGCCACCUCAAGUACACGGGCAGCGCGGUCGCACGCUCUAUCCUCAACGACUGGGACACCGCCAAGGCUGACUUUGUCAAGGUCUUCCCCCACGAGUUUGCCCGCGCCAUCAAGGACAAGGCCGACACCAAGGAGGCGAGGAAGGCGGAGGAGAAGGCAGCGAAAGAGGCGGGCCUGGAGGACAAGGACGCCUUCGCGGAGCUCAAGGCGCUGUCGCGCAGCGGCUCCUUCCACCAGAACGACCCGCGCGAAGAUCUGGAGCGGCUGUACCGCGACGCCGAGGAGGGCGUUGUCGUGGCCGGCCGGGUGCCCACAUGGGAGGCCACCCGCCCCUCCGUGCUGCCCGCCGGCCAGCCCAUCAAGCACCGCGGCUUCAUCGACUACCGCAGGAACCCGAUGCCAUACCGUGAGGUUGAGGAGCGCGUGAAGGACUGGGGCGAGGUGCUGGCCAAGCUGCCGACCGCGGAGCACGCCGACCUGCUCUCCACGCAGUCCGCCCGCUGCAUGGGCUGCGGCACCCCCUUCUGCCACCAGACCGACUCCGGGUGCCCGCUGGGCAACAAGAUCCCGGAGUGGAAUGCGCUGGUGUACCAGGGGCGGUGGAAGGAUGCGCUGUACCGGCUGUUGGAGACCAACAACUUCCCCGAGUUCACCGGCCGCGUCUGCCCCGCGCCCUGCGAGGGCUCCUGCGUCCUCGGCAUCAACGAGCCCCCCGUCACCAUCAAGACAAUGGAGGUCUCCAUCAUCGACAAGGCAUUUGAGAUGGGGUGGAUGGUGCCGCGGCCGCCGGCGGUGCGCACGGGGCGCACGGUGGCGAUCAUCGGCAGCGGUCCGGCGGGCAUGGCGGCGGCGGACCAGCUGAACAAGAUGGGCCACAGCGUGACGGUGUACGAGCGCGCCGACCGCAUCGGCGGCCUCAUGAUGUACGGCGUGCCCAACAUGAAGACCGACAAGACCGACGUCGUCCAGCGCCGUGUCGACCUCAUGGCGGCUGAGGGCGUGCGCUUCGUCACGAACGCGCACGUAGGCAAGAACGUGGACAUGAAGGAUGUUCGCGCAGAGCACGACGCCGUGCUGCUGGCUGCGGGCGCCACCAAGCCGCGCGACCUGCCCAUUCCCGGGCGCGAGGCCGAGGGCGUUCACUUUGCCAUGGAGUUCCUGACCGCCAACACCAAGUCCCUACUCGACUCCAACCUUGCAGACGGCAACUAUAUCUCCGCCAAGGACAAGGCGGUGAUCGUGAUCGGAGGCGGUGACACCGGCACGGACUGCAUCGGCACCAGCGUUCGCCACGGCGCCAAGCAGGUGAUCAACCUGGAGUUGAUGGACAAGCCGCCGGAGAGCCGCGCGGCGAACAACCCAUGGCCGAUGUGGCCGCGCAUCUUCCGCAUCGACUACGGCCACGCCGAGGCGGCCGCCGCGUUUGGCAAGGACCCGCGCAAGUACAACGUCAUGAGCAAGCGCUUCGUGCUGAACCAGGGCCGUGUUGUGGGCAUCGAGAUCGUGCGGUGGGAGCCUUCAGAGAACGGCGGCCGUCCCAACCUGGUGGAGGUGCCGGACAGCAGCGAGAUCCUGGAGGCGGACCUGGUUCUGCUGGCCAUGGGCUUCCUGGGACCCGAGGCCACCCUCGCUGAGGCCCUCGGCAUUGACCUCGACCCCCGCUCCAACUUCAAGGCGGAGUUUGGCGAGUUUGCGACGUCGAUCGAGGGCGUGUUUGCAGCGGGCGACUGCCGGCGCGGGCAGAGCCUGGUGGUGUGGGCCAUCCGCGAGGGCCGCGACGCGGCCACCGCAGUUGACUCAUUCCUGUCGCAGCAGCCCAGCAGCCGCUCCAAUGGCAGCCUCCAGGCCGGGGAAAAGCAGCUGGUUGCAGCCUGAUUGUUACCCACCUCACAGCUUAGGUGUUGUGAGGCGAACCAUGCUGGAACGGCUCUGGUUUAAGAGGCUUGCAAGCAGGGGGAGGGAGAGAGCCGGAAGCUUGGCAGCAGUUGCGCAAAAUCUGCUGGGAGAGUGUGGGUGUAAACUGAUCCAAUUUUGUGGUGAGGGGGGGGUGUAACGGCUUGCAUGGCCUGGCUGCCCCUGGGGGUCUGAUGCAUCAGAGGUCGACCACUUUUGUAGAUUAGGAAGUUGUUUGUACCAUGGCACAGCCACUCUUCCUCCUGGUUUUACAGGAGCCCUCCUGCUGUGUUUGGCGUUGCACUUUUAAGGUCCAUUGAGAAAGACCGUCCUUUGGUUCAGCACAUUAGCUUGGCUGUCCUCAGCUGCCUGUGUCCUCGGCAGAUUUUGACGUGGUGACUCUUUGGGGGGUGGGGGAGUCCUUUCUGAUCCAUUGUCGCUAUUUUGAGUGAGACCUUAGCUGGUCUUGGCUUGCACUCUUUGCCAGUGUGAGUGGCAUCUACUGCAGGGCCAGGGCGCUCCUGGGGUGACAGGUUGCCUUCGUUGCAAUGGAGUCAGGUGCUACAUUAGUGCUACCUUACUUCUUUAAGACUUCCCUGCAUAUGCAAGCGGCUUGGCAAGGUCCUGAGAAGAUUAUGUUUUACAGGUUGCUGGUGCACCAUUCUUUAGGCCGUGUAGGUGUUCUGCGCGAAUACGUAGGAUUUGCUGUCAAGAUGUGAGUUCGAGUGAGGCGGAGGCGGCGUGAUCAAUAGAGCAUGGCGCCCUAUAAUGACUUUGUUGAUCGAGUUCUGCACACAACAACGCAGUCCAUAACGAGGGAUACAUUAGUUGUUAGAUCUGUUUAUUCUGUCGAGGUGCCACGUGGAGGUCAGCUUGAUGCUGACAGCAUUGGUUUGCUUUAGGAGCGUGAGUAAUUGUGUACAUGUUUAAGACUCGCUGUAAAUAAGAUUGAUGCUGGGCGCUGGUCCCUUUGCAUGGACCCUGCAUCUUUCUGG